UUUGAAAAUGUCGGUUGCAGAUGCUGCCUGGCCUGCUGAGCUCCUCCAGUAUUUUGUGUGUGUUGCUUCCUCUACCUCCUCUUGCUCUGGACUUUUCUACCGGUUAAAAAUGAGAAGGAAUUCGUCUCCAGGAAGCUCAAACACGGCACAACAGUUUUGUUGUCUCUGUCUAGAUAUUUAAUAAGUGGAGCAAGGGAUUCAAUCGACCAUCCUUCCUACUCACACUGUGGGGAGGGAUUCACUUGGUCAUCUGAACAACUCGCAAGCCCGUCACUUUACACAGGAGAAAGGCCUUUCACCUGCACAGACAGUGGGAAUGGAUUCACUCGGUUAUCACAAUUGAAGGUACAUCAGCAAGUUCACACUGGGCAAGGCCAUUCACCCGUUCUGUGUGUGAGAAGGGGUUCAGUCGGUCAUCCCACCUGUGGCACACUAGUCAGUUCACACUGGGCAGAGGCUGGUCAUCUGCUGAAUUUCUGGGAAAGGAUUCACUCAGUCAUCUGACCCAAUGGCUCACCAGCGAGUUCACACUGGGGAGAAGCCAUUCACCUGCUCAGACUGUGGGAAAGGAUUUACACAGUCAUCUACCCUACUGGUACACCAGCGAGUUCACACUGGGGAGAAGCCAUUUACCUGCUCAGACUGUGGGAAGAGAUUCACUAAUUUAUCCAACCUACAGAGACAUCAGCGAGUUCACACUGGGGAGAAGCCGUUCACCUGCUCAGAAUGUGGGAAGAGAUACGCUGACUCUUCCACCCUACAGAGUCAUCAGCGAGUUCACAGUGGAGAGAGGCCAUUCACUUGCUCAGAAUGUGGGAAGAGAUUCACUAAUUUAUCCAUCCUGCAGAGACACCAGCGAGUUCACACUGGGGAGAAGCCGUUCACCUGCUCAGAAUGUGGGAAGAGAUUCAAUCAGUUAUCCCACCUACAGAGUCAUCAGCGAGUUCACAUUGGAGAGAGGCCGUUCACCUGCUCAGUCUGUGGGAAGAGAUUCACUCAUUUAUCCAGCCUACAGAGACAUCAGCAAGUUCACACUGGGGAGAGGCCGUUCACCUGCUCAGUCUGUAGGAAGAGAUUCACUCAUUUAUCCAGCCUACAGAGACAUCAGCGAGUUCACAGUGGAGAGAGGCCAUUCACCUGCUCAGUCUGUGGGAAGAGAUUCACUAAUUUAUCCAGCCUACAGAGACAUCAGCGAGUUCACAGUGGAGAGAGGCCAUUCACCUGCUCAGAAUGUGGGAAGGGAUUCACUCAGUCAUCCACCCUACAGAGUCAUCACCGAGUUCACACUGGGGUGAAGCCGUUCACCUGCUCAGUCUGUGGGAAGGGAUUCACUCGGUCAUCCCACCUAUGGAGUCACCAGCGAGUUCACACUGGGGAGAAGCCUUUCACCUGCUCAGUCUGUGAGAAGGGAUUCAACCAGUUAGCUAACCUACAGAAUCACAUGCGAGUUCACACUGGGGAGAAGCCGUUCACCUGCUCAGUCUGUGGGAAGGGAUUCACUCGGUUAGCUAACCUACAGAAUCACCUGCGAGUUCACACUGGGGAGAGGCCAUUCACUUGCUCAGUCUGUGGGAAGGAAUUCACUCAUUUAUCCAACCUACAGAGACAUCAGCGAGUUCACACUGGGGAGAGGCCGUUCACCUGCUCAGUCUGUGGGAAGGGAUUCACUCGGUUAGCUAACCUACAGAAUCACCUGCGAGUUCACACUGGGGAGAAGCCGUUCACCUGCUCAGACUGUGGGAAGGAAUUCACUCAUUUAUCCAACCUACAGAGACAUCAGCGAGUUCACACUGGGGAGAGGCCGUUCACCUGCUCAGAAUGUGGGAGGAGAUUCACUGACUCUUCCACCCUGCAGAGUCAUCAGCGAGUUCACAGUGGAGAGAGGCCGUUCACCUGCUCAGAAUGUGGGAAAGGUUUCACUCGGUCAUCUACCCUACUGGUACAUCAGCGAGUUCACACUGGGGAGAGGCCGUUCUCCUGCUCAGUCUGUGGGAAGAGAUUCACUAAUUUAUCCAGCCGACAGAGACAUCAGCGAGUUCACACUGGGGAGAGGCCGUUCACCUGCUGAGAAUGUGGGAAAUUAUUCACUCAGUCAUUCACCCUGCAGAGACAUCAGCGAGUUCACACUAGAGAGAGGCCGUUCACCUGCUGAGAAUGUGGGAAAGGAUUCACACAGUCAUCCCACCUAUUGGCACACCUGUCAGCUCACAGUGGGGAGUGGCCAUUGUUAUGAAUCCCUAGGUUUUGUUUGCUGUGGACUUUCAUUUUAAGAGAGAGAGAGGGAGAGAUUAAAAAGACAAAUCAGUCUGAUUUGCAGCUUGUUUACAUUGUGUGCAGCUUGUUUAGUUUUAACCGAGGACACAAACACACAGAGACAGACGGAGACGAAGGAGGAAAAAUGGAAGAAUUGAAACCAGGGAACUAGUGGCCAAGGGUCACUGUUUGUAACUUUCCUUUGCCCACAAGGGUGGACAAAUUAUCGAUUCACCGUACAUCGAAUGUGUGGUUGUCACCUCAUUUGAUCCAUAGCAGAGGAUCUGAUUUGGGGUAUCCUGUGGAGACCACUUAUGUGUUAACUCUUGCCUGGCUGUGGUGUGGUAGUUCACUUGAAGAUGAUACCCCUUAUGACAAGUCACUUCGGGUGAUAAUUAGUAUGUGGAUUUGGAAGGAUGACAGAUAAAAUCUACAGCGACUGUUGGUCUCGUUUUACCACCAUGAAACCUGUGGAAUAUGACAUAAUCGCCUUCUCUCAACAUUUAUCUCUCUCUCAUCACCUAUUCUGUAGUUGAACUGAACUUUCAUACUUUACCAUCUCAAGACUCCAAGCCUUGUUUCCCCCGAGCUCAAUAGUUUGGGAGUUUAUUUCUACAGAUUUAUACACAUAACACUCAUGAGGAAAUCUGCAGAUGCUGGAAAUUCAAACAACACACACAAAAUGCUGGUGGAACCCAGCAGGCCAGGCAGUAUCGAUAAGGAGAAGAAAUGUUGACGUUGCAGGCUGAGAGCCUUCGUCAGGACUAACUGAAAGGAAAGAUACAAAGAGAUUUGAAAGUAGUGGGGGGAGGGUGAAAUGCAAAAUGAUAGGAGAAGACUGGAGGUGAUGGGAUGAAGCUAAGAGCUGGAAAGGUGAUUGGCGAAAGUGAUGCAGAGCUGGAGAUGGGAAAGGAUCAUUGGACAGGAGGCCUCAGGAGAAAGAAAGGUGCGGGGGAAGCAUCAGAGAGACAUGGAAAACAUGCAAACAAUUAAAUAUGUCAGUGAUGGGGUAAGAAGUGGAAGAGGGGCAUUAACGGAAGUUAGAGAAGUCAAUGUUCAUCCCAUCAGGUUGGAGGCUACCCAGCCGGUAUAUAAGGUGUUGUUCCUCCAACCUGAGUUUGGAUUAAUUUUCACAGUAGAGGAGGCCAUGGAUAGACAUAUCAGAAUGGUAAUGGGACGUGGAAUUAAAAUGUGUGGCCACUGGUAGUAGUCUGUUGCUGCUGGUUCGUUUCUAAAGUGUUAUGGUUUAUAACAAAAUGGGGCCUGCGUCUGGGAUAUAAACAACUUUAAGGAUUGAUUUAAUAUCGAUUUCAUUGGAUAAAUCCCUUUUGAUUUAUUUCUGUGUGGAAAAUCAGCAGCAAUGGUUGUUGAUAGAUAUCUGGAAGUGUGAACCUCUCAAGCAUUAGAGGACACCAGAAGGAUUGAUUUAUUGAGUAUUGCUAGAAUGUUAAUACUUGCUAAGGUGAAAUUGACAAUCAGGAGGGUGCAGAUGCAGAGGAUAAUAGCUGAACAUUAUGUAUCUGAGGGUGUGUUUAAAGUGGAGGAGUUGGAGGUGUUUCCUGAAAGUAAACCUCGUGAGCUUGAGCUCCAGUACAAGUUAGAAAAAUUGAAGAUGGAGGCUCCGGAAAGGCAGAGGCAAUUUCAAGCUGGAGAGGCAGAAAAGCAGAAAGAAGAUUCUCUUACAAAGUCUAAUUAAGGGAAAGGCUUAGCAAGCCUAUACUGCUUUGACAGUUGCUGAAGCAGCUUAUUAUUUACUUAUUUAUGCUGACCCAAUCAUCGCCACUGGGCUAUAAAUGUGCAGGAGCAGUGUGUGGUUCAGUGCUUUGCUCAAGGACACUCACGCUGCCUCGGCUGAGGCUCAAACUCAUGACCUUCAGAUCGCUAGUUCACCACCUUAACCACAUGGUCACGCACCACACAUUAUGACCCAGUGAAACAGGCUGUGCUCAAAGCUUACGAGUUAGUCCCAGAAGCAGACAGGCAAAAGUUUAGAAAUUUGAAGAAAUCUGUGGACCAGACAUGUGGAAUUUGCUUAUGAGAAACUUGUGUGCAUUGACCGCUGGUGCAUAUCUGAACAUGUAAAUGAUGAUUUUAACAGCUUGAAAGAGUUGGUUUUAAUUGAAGAAUUCAGAAGGUGCAUCCCUGAUGACAUAAAGACGUAUUUAGAUGGAAAUUAUGCUGCCACUAUGCAGGAAUCUGCUAGAUUAGCAGAUCGGUUUGCUUUAACUCAUAAAGUUAUGUUUACCCUGAAUAAGAGUUUCCAAAAGGCACUUGUCAAGUUGUGGGUAAACCUAAUGAGCUCGCCCCAGUGGCCUGUACCUGCAUUCGGUGAACCCUUUUCCAAAGUUGUAGUGGAUUGUGUUGGCCCAUUGCCAAAGACUAAAGCUGGCCAUCAGUAUCUGCUAACUAUUAUGUGUACUGCAUCCAGAUUCCCAGAGGCAAUGCCUCUCAGAAAUAUUAAAGCUAAAACUGUGGCGAAGGCUCUUACCAAGAUUUUCAGUUUAUUUGAUUUGCCUAAAGAAAUCCAGUCUGAUCAAUCAAGGAUGUAAUUUUACAUCUGGAUUAUUCUAGCAGGUAGUUUCUGAACUGGGAGCAAAACAAAUUGCAUCAUCUGCGUACCAUACAAGGGGCUUUAGAUAGAUUUCAUUCUACCCUCAAAACAAUGAUUAAGACAUAUUGUGUUGAAAAUGGAAUAGACUGGGAUGAAGGAAUACUUUUGCUUUUGUCCAGAUGAAGGAAUACAUUUGAUUUUGUCCACAGAAAGAGAGUCAGUACAGGAAUCACUGGGCUUUACUCCAUUUGAACUUGUAUUUGGUCGCAGAGUGACCUUUGACCUUGUUAAAAGGAACCGUGGAUUGCUGGGAUGUACAUGUUAACUCGUUAGACUAUGUUUUGAAGUUCAAAAAUAAACUACACCAAGCCUGUAGUCU